CAUUAUGGCAGCGAGUUACCCAGCCGGUACGGCCGCCCAGGCCGGAACACAACAAUUUUUGGAACCUACACAGAUAAGUCAAUUCCGCAGCUUUGUGACGAUGCUGGGGGACGCCGGCUCGAAGGAUGAGCUGAAGUUGAAAGCAGCGCAAGAGCUAAGCGAGAGCUUCGAGAUCAUCACACAGUCCAGUGGUUAUCAGAACUUCCUCGAGCAUGCAAUGCGUGUGUUCCUUAAGGUGCUCCAGGAGGGAGAACCGAUGUUCAUAUCGGAGCUAAAUAUGCAGCAGGUACGCAAGUUGAUACUGGAAAUGAUACACCGGUUACCGCAAAGUGAGCUCGUUCGUCCCUUUGUGAAGUCCAUCAUCAUCCUUAUGAUAAAGCUGCUCUACACAGAAAACGAAGAGAACGUGCUCGUAUGCCUUCGCAUAAUCGUGGACAUUCACAAACAGUACAGGCCACCGUUUCAUACCGAAAUUCAUGACUUCGUAGCGUACCUUAAGAAAAUCUUUACCGAGUUGCCGAAGCACAUGAACGUUAUGUUCGAACCACGGCAACCAAUCAAGGUGAAGGAUCUGAAGGAGCUCAACUUUGAGACACUACUGCCGGACAUUUUCACCAUGACGCCCAUUCAGUUGGAGAAAAAAACGGCCGACGGUAAAACGACCACCGCUUCGUACAAUCUCAUACCAAAGGGUAUUAACUCACUAAAGGUUCUUCACGAGCUUCCUAUUAUAGUGGUACUGCUGUACCAAAUUUACAAGCAAAAUCUUCACCAAGAAGUGGCCGAUUUCAUACCACUGGUCAUGAGCACCAUCAGCUUGCAGCCAUCGCUAGCGCACAAAAACUCGCCCGGAUUCAACAAAGAAACGUAUGUGGAUUUUAUGGGAGCUCAAAUUAAAACGCUCACCUUUUCCGCCUACAUUCUGCGGCUGUUCCCGGACGCGGUACAUACACACGCUUCAACGAUGGUGAAGGGUAUGAUCAAUCUGUUGGAAAGCUGCCCGAAGGAGGUGGCUAGCUCGCGGAAGGAACUUCUCGUUGCAUCGCGUCAUAUUCUUCAGACUGAGUUUCGCAAUCACUUCGUACCGAUGAUCGAGAAGUUGUUCGACGACGAUGUGCUGCUCGGAAAGGGUUGGACAACGCAUGAAAAUUUACGUCCCCUCGCAUACUCGACCCUGGCCGACCUGGUGCACCACAUUCGACAGCAGCUAAGUUUGCAGGCCCUCUCAAAAGCGGUCCAUCUGUUUGCCAAAAACAUACACGACGAAUCGUUGCCUACCAGCAUUCAAACGAUGUCCUGCAAACUGUUGCUCAAUCUGGUCGAUUGCAUUCGGGUGAAGAGCGAAGUCGAACCGGUAGUCGCGCGUGAUCUCCUGAUCACAAUGCUGCGUAUAUUUACGAUCAAAUUUCAAACCAUUUCCAAAGUGCAGCUACCACAGUUGAUGCAGAAGUGGAAAGCGAAACCAUCCGAGAUGGGAGGCACUAUUCCAGGGCAAAAUGAAACCGGUGCCCGAGAUUUACUCGGUGGCUGCACAACGACGGAUGGCUCAAUAGAUGGUUCGGGACAGAAAGCUACAAGCAUCGGUUUGCCCGUUCCAACCACACUCAAUGUGUCGGAGUAUCGUAGCCUAAUUAAAACGCUUGUUUGCGGUGUGAAAGCAGUUACGUGGAACUGUCCUUCGCCGAAAUCGGUCAACGCAAACGAGUACUCUGGUCCGACGAAAAUUUUCAAUCCAAGCGAAAUACUCAUCUUCAUCGAUCUGUUCCACUGGGCACUGGAAGCGCUCGAUAUCUACACGAUCAACAUUCCGGGCGCCGUAAUGGGAGUGGGACAGUCCAUCCCGGUGCAGAAGCAAACGUUGCAGAUGCCCCGCACCAAGGAGGAGAAGGAAGUGUUGGAACACUUUAGCGGAGUGUUCCUCACGAUGGAUCCGCAAAACUUCCAGGAAAUUUUUAGCGCCACCAUCGACUUUAUGGUGGAUCGACUGUACAAAAACACCACCCUACAGGUUAUCGCAAAUUCUUUCCUGGCCAACCCAAAAACAUCCCCCCUGUUUGCAACAGUUCUAGUGGAAUAUUUGCUAGAGCGUAUGGACGAAAUGGGAUCAAACAUCGAGCGAUCGAACCUAUACCUACGCCUAUUUAAGCUAGUGUUUGGAAGCGUUAGCCUAUUUGCAGCAGAAAACGAACACAUGCUACGUCCCCACCUGCACAACAUCGUUAACCGUUCGAUGGAGCUUGCCAUGACAGCUAAGGAACCGUACAACUAUUUCCUGCUGUUGCGCGCCCUGUUCCGUUCGAUCGGUGGUGGAUCGCACGAUUUGUUGUAUCAAGAGUUUUUGCCCCUGCUGCCCAACUUGCUGGAAGGAUUAAACCGACUACAAAGUGGAUUCCACAAGCAGCACAUGAAGGAUCUAUUUGUGGAGCUUUGUCUCACAGUACCAGUGCGCUUAUCCUCCCUGCUUCCAUAUCUACCAAUGCUGAUGGAUCCGCUCGUGUCAGCGCUAAAUGGAUCCCAUACGCUUAUCAGUCAGGGCUUACGAACGCUUGAGCUUUGCGUGGAUAAUCUACAGCCCGAUUUCCUGUACGAUCACAUCCAACCGGUCCGGGCCGAUCUGAUGCAGGCACUGUGGCGAACGCUUCGCAACCAGGACAGUGCGGCGAUAGUUGCGUUCCGCGUGCUGGGUAAAUUCGGUGGCGGUAAUCGUAAGAUGAUGAUCGAACCCCAGAAGCUCAAGUAUCAAGAGAACGAUCAGUCACCCCCGGCUGUGGUAGCCUACUUCCAAGAUCAUCGAAAUCCGAUCAACUUUGCGGUCGAUAAAGUCAUCGAGACCGCCUUUAACGCUCUGAAGUGUAGCACAACCGAUCCAUUCUACUGGCGACAGAGCUGGGAAGUGAUUCGUUGCUACUUAGCCGCUUCGAUCACGCUCGACGAUGAUAAGCAUACGCUCCAGAAAUUGUUCAUGCAUCCCAGCUUUACCGAGAACAACAUUCAAUGCGCACCGAACGUGGCAAACUACAUCGCACCGGAUAAGCGGGCCCGAAUGACACAUCAAACGGCACUUACGGGAAUGUUUGUCGCUGCCGCUACCAAAGAAUUGCGCGGCUCUGUCCUGCCCACGAUGGUUGCCGUCGUUCGGCACUACACGAUGGUUGCGAUUGCUCAGCAAGCUGGACCAUUCCCGUUGCUCAAACACUUCCAGUGGUAUAGCGUGGGAAUGGAUCCGCUCGUACUGAUCGAUGCGCUGGCUGAAAUAAUGGGCCACGAAGAGAAGGAACUAUGCAAACCGGGCAAUCUGGCGAUGGUGUUGAUACUCGAAACGGCAACAAACAUUAUGGGUUCGAAGGAACGGGCCUGCCGUUUGCCGUUAAUGAACUAUCUCGGCGAGAAGAUGGCUGCGUUGUGCUACGAACGUCCAUGGUACUCGAAAAUGGGUGGCUGUAUUGCGCUGAAAUUCCUGUACCAAAAUAUGGCUAUGAGAUGGUUGUAUCAGCAUACGUUCGUCUUCCUGAAAGCGUUCAUGUUUAUCAUCAUGGACCUAACUGGGGAAGUUUCGAGUGGAGCGAUCGAUAUGGCCCGUACGUUCCUGGAGAAAAUGUUGCGCAUCUGCAUGAAACCGCUGGAGAAAGAUUGCAAGAACGAGGAGUUGCUAGCAACGCAGAAGAAAGCAAUGCACGACGUCAUACACGAGCUGGUGCGGCAAGUGACGAGCCCACACACACUGGUUCGCGAAACGGCAAUGUCCUCACUACGACUGAUUGCCGAACUGCAGGAGAAAACGGUAACGGAAGUAAUGGAUCCUCACCGAGAAGUGCUGGUAGAUAUGAUACCGCCCAAGAAACAUCUGUUACGUCAUCAACCUGCUAGUGCCCAGAUUGGUUUGAUGGAUGGUAACACCUUCUGUACCACGCUUGAACCGCGGCUAUUUACUAUUGAUCUCAACGUGUUGACGCACAAAGUGUUUUACCACGAAGUAUUAACACUCUCCGAUGCGGAAGAUGCAACUCUCAACAAGCUGGAAUGCUACAAAACGGUCACAAAUCUGGUACCGUUGCGUAAAAGCGCCCUGAAUGCACUAGCCGCCUGCCACUACAUACCGAACGGAUGCCGGGAUAAGAUAUUUGCCAUCCUGUUUAAGGGAUUGGAAAAGAAUAAUGCCGAACUGCAGGAAGCGGCAUUUCAUUGCAUGAAAAAUUUCCUGCAGGGCUGUAACGUCAGCAAAGAAACGAUCCACACGGUUAUACGGCCGCUGUUGCUAAUGCUUGGUGAUUACCGUAAUCUUACGCUGAGUGGCACAAGGCGCCUUUCCUACCUGACCCAGCUAUUCCCGGCCAUGUUCAACGAGAAGCUGUGCGAUUCAUUGCUGCAAAUACUGCGCAAGAUGCUGGAGGUGACAAUUACCAGCAACCAGGGCAACUUUUUGGCGACUUCCAAGACGAGCGAGAUGGAAAAGAAGAUCGUUACCAUACUCGGUAUCUUCCAGCAAAUUCCGGCCGCUUCGCCUAAAUUUAUUGAGAGUUUGUGCAAGCUUAUACUGCAAGCAGAGAAGAGCUUAAUGGUCGAACCAUCAUCACCGUAUCGUCCAGCGCUGGUUAAAUUCUUACUGCGCUAUCCGAAGGAAACGAUCGAGUUGCUUCUGACGGACGCAGUAAUGAAGGAUGCACAGUGGAAUCGAUUCACAAUCUUCCUGCUGCGCCACAAGGACGGUGCAUCGUUCCGUAAUGCGGCACAGUUGAAGGGAGCUCGACUGACGCAGCUCAUCCUUCUGAACUCGGAAUCAUCGAGCGUGUCGAAACCAUUCGAAGAGCGUUAUGAAUCGCAACACCAGGCAGUGCUGAUUAUCCACACGCUGGUAGAAUUCGAUGGUCCGUGGAUUACGAGCCAGGUGGAGAUUAUUACCGUACUGAAAAGCAUUUGGAAGAACGAUCUUUAUAAGACCUGCCAAGUAUCGGUGGUAUGCGAUCUAUGGCACUUAAUCGCGAAAAUCCUGAUUGAAUACUUUUCCUACAACACGAACGAGAUUCUGCUGCUGUUUCAACUCUUACGUGCUCUGUGUCUACGCUUUGUGCCCGACUUUCAAUUUAUGCGUGAUUUCCUACAAAACACCGUGUGCCAAAGCUAUACCGUCGAAUGGAAGCGGAAAGCAUUUUUCCAGUUUGUAGAAAUCUUUCCCAGUCCCGAUCUGGCGCAGGAUCUGAAGGCCAAAAUCCUGAUGAUGAUCAUCAUUCCAAGCUUUGCGUUGAGUUUCGAGAAGGGCGAAGGAAACAAGCUGGUCGGUGCACCGCCCGCUCCAUACCAGGAGGAUGAUAGCAAUGUGGUUUCUGUGUUUAUUAACAAAGUGAUCGAUCCGGACAAACCAUUCGCAAAUGAAGAUUGUGUGCGUAUUGCUUUGCUGCAGUUUGCUAGCUUGCUGGUGGAAAAGGCAUCUCCGCAUAUACACGAUGGUGAUGCGAAUAAUAAGCGCGAAGGUAAUAAGUUACGACGGCUGAUGACGUUCGCGUGGCCCUGUCUGUUGCCGAGAAAUUGUGUCGAUCCGUCGGCACGAUAUCAUGGACAUUUGUUGCUGAGUCACAUCAUUGCACGGCUCGCCAUUCACAAGCGUAUCGUGCUGCAAGUGUUCCAUUCACUACUCAAAGCUCACGCGGUCGAAGCUAGACGCGUCGUUCAGCAGGCCCUAGAAGUGCUAACGCCGGCAAUGCCAUUGCGCAUGGAGGACGGCAACACGAUGCUAACGCACUGGACGAAGAAGAUUAUCGUGGAAGAAGGUCACUCAAUGCAGCAGCUCUUCCACAUCCUGCAGCUGAUAGUGCGACACUACAAAGUCUACUACCCCGUAAGACAUCAGCUCGUGCAGCAGAUGAUAAACUCUAUGCAACGGCUCGGCAACGUCGGCAACUCAUCCACCGAGUAUCGCAAACUCUCGAUCGAACUAGCGGAAGUCGUGAUCAAGUGGGAAAUGCAACGGGUAAAGGACGAAACGGAUGAAGCGGCAGCGGCUGCAGCAGCAGCAGCGGCCGGUGGUCUCGAAGGAAGCAAUGUACCCGGUGGCGAUGAAACGAGCGAAAUGGGUAUCGCCGGAGGAACGGAUCCAACGGUACAGGGCGAUGGUUCCAGUAAGCUUCAAACAAGUGGCGCUGUUAAACGUACCGCUUCCGGUAUCGAUGAGGAUGGAAUGGCGGGUGGCGUUAAGAAAAAGCAGGCCGUAGGAGAUGCGGAUCCACAACCAUCGUCAAGCACAGCGUCCUCUGCUGUUCCCGGUAGUAAAGCGGACAGUGUGAAUCGUUCAAUCGAUCGGGCCCAGCUCGAUACGGUUCUAAACUUCCUGUUCCGACUAGCGUGCCAGAUUAACGAAGUAACACCCGGAGCGCCCAGCAUCUUAACGCCCGGUGACAAUCUGUCCCGGCGCUGUGUGAAUCUACUCAAGCUAGCAAUAAAACCGGACACACCGGUUGAUCUGAAGCUCGCUUGGUUGGAUAAGGUGUUGCAGAAUGUGGAUAUGCAACCGUCCAGCAUCGGCAAUAUCUGUACCGCGCUGGAGCUGCUCACAUUCCUUGUAAGCGUACAAAAGAAAGACCAAAUCCUGAACACCUUGAAGCCGCUGCAGCGUGGCCUAUCUGCGUGUGUCACCUGUUCGAAUACGCGCGUCAUAAAGCUUAUGCACGGACUGCUCUCCCGGCUGAUGGCAAUUUUCCCGUCGGACAGUCAGCACAAGAAUGACGAUCUCGACAUCCUCUACAGCGCCAUCUCACGCAUGAUCUACGAAGGGCUAGCGAACUACGAUAAAACAACGCAAGCAAACCCAUCGUCACUGUUUGGUACGCUCAUGACACUUAAGGCUGCCUGUUCCAACAAUCCCAGCUACAUCGAUAAGCUCAUAACGCCCUUUAUGCGGUUGCUGAACCGCUUAACUAAGGAACAUUUGACCGGCUUCGGUGGUGCUAUGGGCGGCAUUGGAGGAGCUUCCGGUCCGGGCGGAAUGGUGGGCAGUGGGGCAGGCGGAGCGGGUGGUGUCGGUGCUGGAGGUGUUGGUGCGGGCGGUCUUGGUGCAGGUGCAUCAAUAAGCGAUGUAGCCAACACAAGCUCAAUCGCACUCGAGCUGCUGGUAGUGUCGCUUGAUCUGGUCAAGAAUCGAGUCGUCGUGAUGAGUGUCGAAAUGCGCAAAAUGUUUAUCGGUGCCAUCUUGGUCGGGCUGAUCGAGAAGAGCAGCGAUUCGAAGGUGAUCAAAGCGAUCGUGAAGAUCAUUGAGGAGUGGAUGAAGAGUAACAAAAACACACCGGUCACGGUGCAGCAAGCACCGACGCUGCGCGAAAAAGCAAUUCUGCUCGUGAAGCUGAUGCAGUAUGUGGAGAAACGGUUUGCGGACGAUUUGGAGUUGAAUGGACAGUUCCUCGAGCUGGUUAACUACAUCUAUCGUGAUGAAGUGCUGAAGGCGACCGAGCUUACAUCGAAGUUAGAGGCAGCAUUUGUAGCAGGAUUGCGCUGUCCUGUGCCACGCAUAAGGGCCAAGUUCUUCGAGGUGUUUGAUGGCUCCAUGCGCCGUCGGCUACACGAUCGACUGCUGUACAUCAUUUGCUCACACUCGUGGGACUCGAUUGGGCAGCAUUACUGGAUCAAGCAGUGUAUCGAGCUGUUGAUUCUGACGGCCAACACUACCACACAGAUACAGAACAGUGUGGAAAAUCAUCUGCUCCCAAGCAUAUCAUCGGUCAUCAACUUCGCCGAUCCAGAAGAACGCAAACACUUUGUAAUCUACACGACGAUUGCCAACGAUACGACCGACUCGUUCGAUCCUAUCGAAGACAAGGAGGACGCAUUCGAUAUGGACAUGAGCGUCGACUCAAACAUUUCCCGCCACGAAGAAAGUGAACGCCCCGUUGCAAAUCGUCAUGCGGCCCUUGCGAAAUUGAUCAGCCGGCAGGCCGAAUUCAUGGAAGCAAAUCGUAAAGUGCGCACCGAACAGCUGCUCGUCGCAACGGCUCAACUCUGCCACAUGGAUACACAGUUAGCGGAGAAGGUAUGGCUCGAUAUGUUCCCCAAGCUGUGGGAAAUAUUGGAUCCAAUUCAGCAGCAAUCGCUCGAUCGUGAGAUAAUACCAUUCCUCGCCUCGGGUGCUCACAUCAUUCAACGCGAUUGUAAUCCGAGCGCAUUGCACACGUUCGUGGAAGCGCUGGCACAGUGUCAACCGCCCGUGUACAUGCCACCGAACCUAAUGGGCUAUCUUGGCCGUGCGCACAAUCUUUGGCAUCGGAUGACGCUGAUGCUGGAAUCGCUGGCAGAUGAUUGGGCGAAUGUUAAGGAUUUGCUGCCGGACUGUGUCGAUCAGGACGAUCAGGGUAUGCGCGAUUGUUCGAUCGUACGCGAACCACUGUCGCAGAUGUAUUCGGCCCUGCACGAAGAGGAUCUGUGGGCAGGGUUGUGGCAAAAGUAUGCAAAGUACGCCGAAACGAGCCGUGCCAUUGCGCACGAGCAGAUGGGAUAUUUUGAGGAAGCGCAAAGCAUUUAUGAUGCGGCCAUGAUGCGGUUUAAGCAAGAUCUAAGCAAUGGCCAGACACCGACGGACAUGAACAGUGAGAUGCAGCUGUGGGAGAAUCACUGGAUACGGUGCGCGAAGGAACUGAACCAGUGGGACGUACUGAUGGACUUUGGGCAGCUUUGUCGGGAUAAGAACACGUACCUGAUCAUGGACAGUGCGUGGCGUGUGCCGGACUGGAACUUGAUGAAACAAGCGCUGCUGAAAGUGGAACAAUCCUGCCCGAAGCAGGUCGGAUACAAGAUUAACCUGUACCGUGGUUAUUUGGCCAUCCUGAACCAGGAAGAUCCACAGCACACCAACGGUAGCGUAUCGGUGGAGCGUUACGUGGAAAUGGCAUCAGCAUACUGUAUGCGCGAAUGGCGCCGUCUACCACCGAUCGUAUCCCACAUCCAUCUGCCGAUUCUGCAAGCUUCACAGCAAAUUAUGGAACUUCAGGAAGCGAGCCAAAUCCACCAGGGACUGUUGCAGAACCGUAACACCUCACUGCAUGACAUGAAAGCGAUCGUAAAGACGUGGCGCAAUCGGCUCCCGGUAAUUGCGGACGACUUAUCUCAUUGGAGCGAUAUCUUUACCUGGCGGCAGCAUCAUUACCAAAUCAUCACAUCGCACCUCGAGCACAACAACGAACCGAAUGCCCAAUGUAUGCUGGGAGCGCAUGCAUCGGCGCAAACGAUUAUCCACUUCGGAAAGAUUGCACGGAAACAAAAUCUGACCAGCGUGUGUCAGGAUUCGUUGUCCCGCAUUUACACCAUCCCUUCGGUACCGGUUGUGGACUGUUUCCAGAAAAUAAGGCAACAAGUAAAAUGUUGUCUCCAGAUGGCGUCUGUCACCAGCCGGGCCGAGCUGUCCGAAGCGUUGGAAGUAAUCGAACCGACCAAUCUUGAAUACUUUUCGAAAGAAAUGACGGCCGAAUUUUACGCGCUCAAGGGACUACUGUUGGCCCAAACCGGACGCUCCGAGGAAGCGAACAAAGCCUUCAGUGCGGCAACACAGCUGCACGACACGCUCAUCAAGGCGUGGGCCUUCUGGGGCGAUUAUUUGGAGCACAUUUUCACCCGAGACUAUCGCCAGAUUCAUCUCGGUGUGUCGGCCGUAACGUGCUUCCUGCACGCUUGCCGUAGCCAGAUUGAGAGCAAAUCGCGCAAGUACCUGGCCAAGGUGCUUUGGUUGCUGUCGUACGAUGAUGAUAAGUCGUCACUGCUGGAUGCGCUGGACAAAUAUGCGGUGGGCGUACCGCCUGGCCAAUGGGUUCCAUGGAUUCCGCAGCUUCUGUGCAGUUUGGUGCAGUACGAGGGUAAUGUGAUAAUGAAUCUACUCAGCCAGGUUGGUCGCAUGUUUCCGCAGGCCGUUUACUUCCCGAUCCGGACGCUGUAUCUCACGCUUAAAAUCGAGCAGCGGGAACGAUACAAGAGUCUCGAGCAACAGCAGCAAGCUUCCAUUGUGCAAAAAGCUUCCAAGGAGGGUUCUGCGGUGUCUGGUACAACUCCGACCGCGACCACUCCCGCAUCCGGAACAGCAUCAUCCUCGGAUGUUUCAUCCACAUCCGCAACCGGUGCGACAGGAACAACUGCUGGACCUGCUGGUACUACUGCAGCAGCACAAGGUGGUCCAACAGGUGCGGCGGCCACCACGACAACACCUAUCCGUGCCACACCACCGAUGUGGCGCUGUUCGAAGAUUAUGCAUCUACAGCGUGACAUUCACCCAACUGUGCUGAGUUCGCUCGAGGGCAUCAUCGAUCAGAUGGUUUGGUUCCGAGAGAAUUGGUACGAGGAAGUACUGCGUCAGCUACGCCAAGGUUUAACGAAGUGCUACGUGAUCGCGUUCGACAAUCGUGGCGCAGUUAAUGAGGCAACGAUCACGCAACAUACGCUUAAUUUCAUCAAGAAGCUUGUCUCCACUUUUGGCAUCGGAAUAGAAAACAUUUCCAGCUCCGUCUCGGCAACAUUCGUUUCGGCCGCGUCCGAAUCGUUGGCACGGCGUGCCCAAGCAACCGUACAGGAUCCCGUGUUCCAGAAGAUGAAGGGACAGUUUACGAGCGAUUUUGAUUUCUCGCAGCCCGGUGCCACCAAGUUGCAUAAUUUGAUCAUGAAGCUGAAGAUGUGGAUCAAAAUCCUUGAAGCCAAAACGAAGCAACUGCCAAAAUCUUUCCUGAUCGAGGAGAAGUGUCGCUUCCUGUCCAACUUUAGUCAAAAAACGGCCGAAGUCGAGCUACCUGGCGAGCUGCUGCUACCGAAAAAUUCACACUAUCACAUCCGCAUCGCACGCUUUAUGCCACGGGUCGACAUUGUCCAGAAGCACAAUACAGCCGCCCGAAGGCUCUACAUCCGUGGCACGAAUGGAAAAAUCUAUCCCUACCUGGUGGUGAAUGAUACGGGAAUUGCCGACUCACGGCGUGAAGAGCGGCUCCUACAGUUGCUUCGUAUGCUCAAUUCUUAUCUGGUAAAGCGUAAGGAAACGUCCCGCCGCUUCCUUUACCUGACCGUACCGCGCGUUGUGGCCGUUUCGCCCCAGAUGCGCUUGGUGGAGGAUAAUCCGGCUAGCAUCUCGCUGCUGGAAGUGUACAAAACGUGCUGCAACAAGCUAAACAUUGAGCACGAUGCACCGAUCACACGAUACUACGAUCGGCUCGCUAAGAUACAGGCUCGCGGAUCACCGACUAAUCACGUAAUUCUGCGUGACAUUCUAAAGGAAACGCAAACACAAAUGGUACCGAAAACACUCCUCAAAGACUGGGCAGUGCGGACGUUCCCGUGCGCUACCGACUAUUGGCAGUUCCGGAAGAUGUUUACCCUACAGCUGGCCCUCUCCUGUCUGCUUGAGUACGCCCUCUGUCUCACCCGGCUCAAUCCGGACAUGAUCUAUCUGCAUCAGGAUUCGGGCCUAAUGAACGUUUCCUACUUCCGGUUCGAGAUGGAUGAUAGUACCGGAUUUCUGGAUGUUAAUCGAGCGGUACCCUUCCGGUUGACGCCAAACAUUGUCGAGUUUGUGUCAUCGGUCGGUGUGGCUGGACCGUUAACGGCUUCGGCCGUCGCUACGGCACGCUGCUUCAUACAGCCCAACUUCAAGCUGACGACCAUCCUGAAAGCGAUCCUGAAGGAUGAAAUCAUCUGGUUCCACAAGAAGCGACUGAACGACGAAAAGGUACUUGUCGAUCAGUCGUCGUCAUCGGCGGCCAGCAGUGCCACCAUCUCAUCCACCACACCGUCCGCUACGAGCACCACUGGUUCGGGUGGAGCAGCACCUACGGCUACGGCAACAACGGUCACCGAUCAGGACAACGUUUCGAUCGACAUCGAUGCGGAAACGAUCAUCACGACGGUGAACAAAGCCGUCGGUACGAUCAUGGGCCGGCUGAACAAUCUUUCGCGCAUCGAUAGCGGGGAAGCGAAUAGGAUGAGUGCAUUCGUGCAUAUGGCCACCAAUCCGGACAAUCUGUGUCUGAUGGAUCCCGCAUGGCAUCCGUGGCUGUAA